AUGUGGUGACCGUUUGAGACAUCAUGACUUACGCCGUGGCACACAAAGAUUGUCGACUUUGUCAUCUGGCUCAUGUUCUCUCGAGAAAGUGCCAACUCUUGGCCGAAGCACUUGCUCUGCGACGGCUUUCGAAGACAGGCCGGCCCCAGCAACGGCCGCAAUCCCGCUACUGCCACGGCUAUUCCGGGAUUGCACUCGGUCUACCCCAAUCAGCAUGUUCAGGCCCUGAGGGCGUCACCAUGGCCUCAGCUACUCAUGCUGUUGGGGAAGGAAGGGGAGCGCAUCAUGAUCGAUCUUCUAGUUGACUGUGCCAUCUUUCGGUCCGUGAAGGCUGGGAAAGGGAACCUUUACCAAUUGAGCGGGAUCCCAGUUUCUCAGCUCGAGCCUUUAGGACAGGAUGGGGACAAAGAAGGGCUUCCGCUAACGGGUGCUGGACAGCGCAAUGCGGAGCGCCGUCCAUCAGAGAUCUCCUUUGUCAGGAGUAGGAUGCUCUACGCAAGAGCCGCGUUCAAUGCUCGAGGGCUAGUCCACUUUGGGCUGCGUCACAUCCACGUUUUGAAUCGUUUUCCCUACAAGGGCCCGUCUACGGCGGGAGCCGACAAAGACGAUGGCAGUGUCGCGCAUAUCAUGAUGUACAUGUUUCCUCGACAGUUUGGUCUACACAAUGUCUUCACAUCCACCGUGGAUCGUCAACAGACCGCCCAGAAGUUUCAGGAUUACACUCUUCGCGAAGAGGAGAUAGCACACAAGUUCCCAGCGGCGGAGGCCGGAGGCAAGCCCACCAAGCAUGUUCCCAAGAGACUUCGGGGCAAAUUGAUGUCCCUAGUCCAGCGGCUCCAGGUGCUCCACAAACGGUGCUCAUAUGCUGAGUUGCUGCACCAUUAUUGUCCAGUAUACGGACAAUUCGACGGCAAGGGAAAGGUUCCGGCAGACGCAAUCAAGACUCUCCCAUCCUCCUCCAGAUCUUUGACGAGAUCCGUUGGCGGUGGGAAGAAGUCGAAAUGUCCGGCGGCUGUUCCUCCCCCCGCUCUGCAGUAUGGCUCUCUCACCGACCUGGCCACUCCGGUGUCAAGCGUCUCGGCUCUCUGCCAGGCUGUGCUAUCGAAAGUAAUCCCGAACGAGUUCUGGGGCCAGGGCGCUACGCAGGAGCACAACCGAGCCUGCUUUCUGAAGAGUGUUCAUCACUUCAUUCAUCUUCGUCGAUUCGAGAGCAUGUGUCUUCACGAAGUGAUGCAAGGAAUGAAGUGAUAUUGAAUGGCUCACGCCCCCAGGACUGGGCAGCAAGAGAAGCUCACAGUCGGACACGCGCAAGCGGACCGAGAUCUUCUACGAGUUCUUGUAUUAUCUGUUUGAUUCGU